UCUGUUUUGCUGUGCCGGGAGCGCAGAGAAGCAGCUCGUGCUCCAAGUCUCUCUCCCGGACAGCUGGGCUUGCAAUGGAGCCCGGGCUGCCGGGGGGGUGACUGCCGAGCGCCGGGGGCUGCCGCCGGAGCUGGUACAGACCGGGCCGGCGAUCGCAAAGGCGUUUCUGACCGAUGCGGAGGGAAGCCGGGGAAAUAGCCCGCCCGACCCCUUUGCCUCGCGCUCGCUGCUCCCCGCAUCCGGUCUGAUAACCCCCCGCGCCAGAGAGGCGGCGAGCGGGGGACGGAGCGCGUCUCGCCGCAGCCACCCAGGAGGAGCCGCCGCCGCUGCUGCGCGGGAGGCGAGAUGCACUUUCGGAGCGAUCGCCAGCUCAGCAGCACCCUAAAGUUUCCCCCCUCCCGUCCCCCGGCUGCUUCCUCGCCGCUGGGCUGCGGAACGGAAACUCCCGCUGCCGCCGCGAUGAGCCAGCGGAGCGCCGCGCGCUAGCCGGCCGGCCGGCUGCAGAGCCCGGCUCUGGGGUGCAUCGGCCAAGGGGGGAGAUCGCUGCUGCUUCCCCCGGCCCCAGCCUGCCAGCUGCGGCUAUGAAGGGCAGAAAGAAACGAAAGUUGUUGUGAGCCGGCAGCUGGUGAGACCCGCUGGCACUAGGCUGGAGCACGGGCUAGUAACGAGAGCGCAGCCCCGCCAGGCAGGGAGCAGAGCGGCCGGCUGCCGGGACUGGGCUUCCCCACCCCCGGGGCGUGCGAAAUGCCAGAUCCGCCGCGGGAAGGGCUCUCUGCUGGGGGCAUGUGGGCAGCCCCCCCCGGAUCUGCGCUCCGUGUGAUGUGAUGAGCCACAGCUGGCGCUGGCCAGCCGCUCCUGCCCCUGCAGUGCUGCUGCUGCCCUGGUCCCCGGCGCUUCUCAGCAUGAAAGUCUUCCGCAGGAAGGCGCUGGUGCUGUGCCUGGGCUACGUGCUGCUGCUGCUGCUCACCAUGCUCAACCUGCUGGACUACAAGUGGCACAAGGAGCCCCAGCAAUGCAACGAGCCCCCCCCGGCCCGGCGCGCCCCUUCCUCCCCGCAGCAGCCCCACUUCCAGCCCCGCUCGGACAUCCGCUCCCUCUACCGGGCCCCCGCGCCGCCGCCCCGCCAGCGCCAGCUGGUCUAUGUCUUCACCACCUGGCGCUCGGGAUCGUCCUUCUUCGGGGAGCUCUUCAACCAGAACCCCGAGGUCUUCUUCCUCUACGAGCCGGUGUGGCACGUGUGGCAGAAGCUGUACCCCGGGGACGCUGUCUCCCUGCAGGGGGCGGCCCGGGACAUGCUCAGCUCCCUCUACCGCUGCGACCUGGCCGUCUUCCAGCUCUACAACACCGCCGGGGCCGGCAAGAACCUCACCACGCUGGGCAUCUUUGGGGCGGCCACCAACAAGGUGAUCUGCUCAUCUCCCCUCUGCCCGGCCUACCGCAAGGAGGUGGUGGGCAUGGUGGACGACAAGGUCUGCAAGAAGUGCCCCCCGCAGCGGCUCAGCCUGUUGCAGGACGAGUGCCACAAGUACCACACCCUGGUCAUCAAGGGCGUGCGCGUCUUUGACCUGGCCGUGCUGGCCCCCCUCAUGCAGGACCCUGCCCUGCAGCUCAAAGUUAUCCACCUGGUCCGGGACCCCCGGGCCGUGGCCAGCUCCAGGAUCAAAUCCCGGCAUGGCCUGAUCCGGGAGAGCUUGCAGGUGGUGAGGAGCCGGGAUCCCCGCAUCCACCGCAUGCCUCUCUUAGAUGCCAGCCACAAGCUGAACAGCAAGAAGGAGGGGGGAGGUGGCUCGGAUUACCACGCGCUGGGGGCCAUGGAGGUGAUCUGCAGCAGCAUGGCCAAGACCCUGCAGACUGCCCUGCAUCCACCCGACUGGCUCAAGAACAACUAUCUGGUUGUCCGCUACGAGGACCUGGUGGUGGAUCCCAUCAAGACUGUGCGGCAGGUGUAUGGCUUUGUCAAUCUGGUGGUGAGCCCGGAGAUGGAGAAGUUCGCCCUCAAUAUGACCAGCGGGCCCGGCUACUCCUCCAAGCCCUUUGUGGUGUCUGCCAGGAAUGCCACCCAAGCAGUGAGCGCCUGGAGGACAGCAUUGAGCUUCCAGCAGAUUAAGCAGAUUGAGGAGUAUUGCCACCAGCCCAUGGCUGUCCUGGGCUACGAGAGAGUCAACAACCCUGAAGAGGUGAAGGACCUAAGCAAAACAUUGCUCAGGAAGCCAAGGCUGUGAACGGGGCACAGAGGAUGCCAACAAUUAUCCUUUCCAAAGGGACAGCUAGCCACUGAGCAGCUUUGAAAACAGUCUUGUUUGCUUGAGAGAGAGGGAGUGAGGAAAAAAACAUCUGGUAUUCCUUACAAAUGCAUUCAUCAGGAAUCCAGGCAUUGCUCCAAAGACCAUUUGUGGGUAAUAUACAAUGACAUUUUUGCAUUGCUGGGUUAUAUGCAAUUAAAAAAAAAAAAAAAAGAAGUAGGAUUGAUGGUAUUUGUAAAGCCCUUUCCUCUCUUAUACCCAAGGUGAGAUUCAGUACCAAAAUCUUGUUUACGGACUUCUUGUUGUGACUGUGAUAAUGAAAGACUUGUGCAAUUUCUGAGACAUCUGUCUCGGUGGGGAUGGGUUGCAGUGGAAACAUUAAUAUUGCAAAUUGUUUUUUUUUCUAUUAAAAGUAAAUAUUCAAAUGUGAUCUAAAUAAAGAAAACAAUAAAUGAUAUUCAUUUUUAUAAUUACCUCGAUUGUCUGGGAAUCGCACACAUUGCUUACGUACAGCUUGAAAAAGUGCUUGCUUCAGAUGCACAUUUGAUAGUAACAAAUACUUUUUAUCGGGCUCGGGGAAUGGAGUGCAACUUUCUCCAUGUUAUCUGCAGUUUAGAAGCUGCUUUCUUACAAACAAGUACAAAUCCCAUAAAUUCUGUGAAGGUUUCGUGGCCAUAUGCACAUAGCUAAGAGAGAUCUCUCUUUAAAUUAUUAAUUGUUUUUUAAAAAAGUGAAAUAUAACUUUUUAAAUAUGUGCCACUAUAAUAUAUUCAUAAGAUUUGCCAUCACAACAGUAUUGUUGCCUUGAAACACGUGUCAAGGAGUCACUGUUAAGUAGAACAAAUGGUUCUACGUGUGGUCUUAAAAAAAAAAAAAAAAAAAAAAGUACAGUAUUUAAAUGAACAUUUUAUAAUAAUGAAAAGGUUUGCAUGUGUGCAAACUAAAUAAAUGUCUAUGUAUAUUGUAGUGCAAAUAACUGCAAUGGAUAGAUAAAAUACUUGAAGCAUACUUCUGGCAUGCUUGUUGUCAGAUGGUAUAAAUGAAAACACAGAAUAAAGCUGGAGUUUCAAUGUGAAUAGUAUAGAACUAUUCAUUUUCUGUCAUCUAAAUGUUUGGUAUGUAGGAACAUACAGGUUUUGGUUUGUUGCUAUGUUGGGCUGAUCCUGCAGUCCUUAGCGAGGCAAAACUACCCUUUGACUCCGAGAGACUAUUGGCUGGAACUUCACUGUGUGUAAACACUCUCAGUUGCUGACAGUUUUACUCGGAGGAUCAAGCCCAUUGUUAAAUGUGAUAAAAGUAGGAGAUGUUACUACUCUCACUUCUGUCAUAUGAUAACUGCAGGUACCAGCAAGGACUUUAUUUAAGGCUGGUGUCGUUAUUCUCCAACACUGUUAAAAGAUCUGUUUUGAAUGUUGAGGUUUAAGGAAACAGUUUCUUGCCACACAGUUUUCUGAUUUGAGAUCAAGACUUUUCUGUGGGAAGCACAUUUUACAUUGCUUAUCUAGAUAUUGUGCCUUCAGAAAAUACAAAGAAUUUCUAGGAAGAAUAUAAAUAGUAGGAAGAAGAAGAAGAAUUGGUUUGUGAAAAUAUAUUUAUAUAAAAGAAUGUUAAGUGUGUGUGAAAACUGUGGUUACGUGUAAUGUCUUUCUUGUAUUAAUAUUGAAUUUUAAGUUAAAACAAGAUGUUAAUUGAGACUUAAGAUAUUUGACUUAUGGAUAAAAUAUUGGCAAUUAGAUGUCAACUUGGUUUGAAAAGGAAACAGGAAUUUAAUAAACUAGUUAAAAAGCUUA